CGCUUGUCUUCUCUACAUUCUGCUUUUCUAGUAUUUUCCCUCAAGACCAAGUCCAACAUCAUGAUCCUCCAUUCUGUAUUACUAACGCUGUCAACAUUAGUGGUUGUAUCAGCGUUGGAUGUGGAGAUCUCAGACUUCACUUGCGACAAUUCGUAUCCGAUGACGACUACCCUCGAAAUGAGUUGCAACGGGACUUCACGUUGUACUUUUGGAGAAACUGCCAUCAUUUCUGGUAUCCUGACCUACAGCGGAGUCGACCAGACGGGUAUUCAAAACAACCAGGCGUACGUUAGCUCUGAGCUGGCGUUUCCUACAAUGAAUUUCAAUAUACUCAAUAUGAUGAAAAUACCUCUGUGCGAUGAGUCGCUUGUCGCCGACUCUGGCAAUACGAAUGAAUGUCCCGGGGAUGGAACGUUCUCGUAUUCCGUUUAUUACAAUUUGCCGAAAUCAGGAACCGAGUCUGCAUCUUGGAUGGCUUCGGGCUGGACGGGUACAGGCUACAUCGAAAUAUACGCCGAGGCUAAUGUCAAUAUGAUGAUUGGUCGCUGCAGCAUGGACUUGCAAACCUACGUGACAGCGUCGGAAGAAAAGGGAUAUCUUCGAACGCCGUCGGCGGCCACGGCGGCGGGCAUUUCUUUGGCCGCACUGGCUGCCUUGUCCCUCCUGUGCUUUUGGUGCUGCUGUUGUAUGGGGCGAAGGAAGUCCAAAACGUCCCACGAAGGCGAAGAGACGACAUCGUUUACGCGGAUGAAUGACGAAAUUCCGUACUCGGUUAAUGCGGCGGAUAAAAAGUCAGGCCUCAAGAAAGCCCUUGUCGAGUAA